AAUUUAGUAACUUUAAAAACAAAUUUUAAACUCUCCAACCUAAAAUACAAUUUUAACUGAUUCCCAAUACAUUAUCUGUUUGUUAAUUUUCUACCCGUUUUAACCGUCUGUGUGUGUGUGUGACGUAUGCCCAAUACGAUUUGCAGGAAUGGUCUUGGUCAGCAACGAAUGGCAGAUUAACAAGGACGCUGAGCAGCAGCAGCCCAUUGCGGCAGUAGUGACAACAACAACAACCGCAGCAGCAGUGAUCACAACAACAGCGACUGCGACGCCAGCAGCAGCAGUUGCAGUUACUAACGGCACAAGCAGCGUUGAGGCUGCUCUGGAAGCAGCAGCAGCAAUAACGGAGCCCCCACAGACGGUCAGGCCAGGUGGAGAGGCGCAGAAGCGUCAGCAGCCGCUGCCGCAGCAACAACAAAAUAAGCAUAAGCAGCGCCAUAAUAAACGAAAGAAUCAGCAGAGAAUGGAAAUGGAAUCAAGUAAAAAAUAUGAACAGCAGGAGCUGCGCGAGAAACAUGAAACAGAAACGCGCGAAUCGCCGGAAAAUCACAACAGCAACAGCAACAAUAUGAAUAAUGAUUCCAAUGAUAAUCUGGAAAACCAGGAGAACAACAAUACAACAAUUGCAGUGGCAGCGGCAGCAGCAGCAGCAGUAGCUGACAACUGUGACUCGAAUACAAACACAUUGCAAAAUCAAAUAGCACAGCAGCAAGUGCAGCUGCAAUUGGCGAUUAACUCGGUGCUGAAUGCCAACAAUACCAACAAUUUGUUUGGCGCGCUCAACACGCUGCAAAUGCCUACAAAUGAAAACUCGGCAGCAUCUGCAACUGGCGCAGCCGCGGCAGGGCUUCUGCUAAAUGCGCAGGAUAUUGCGUCCAACACAGGCGAGGCCAGGAUCGUGCUGCAGUGCGAGGGUAAAUCGCACAAAUUUGAGACUCGCAGCAUUUUGUUGGCACCCAAUCAAGAGUGUAAGGUGGGACGUCUGAUAGCCAAGAGCAAGGCUAGCGAAGGCAAUGCCAUAUUCGAUUGUAAGGUGCUGUCGCGCAAUCAUGCCAUGCUCUGGUACACACCAGACGGACGUUUUUGGGUAAAGGAUACCAAAUCCAGCAAUGGUACAUUUAUUAACGACAAUAAACUGGGCAACGAGCCGUCCGAGCUGCAUUAUGGCGACACCGUCAAGUUUGGCGUUGAAGUAAUUGAGAAUUCACGCCAGGAGGUGCAUGGCUGCAUUAUAGCGCGUGUGACACUGUUUUUGCCUGAUGGACGCGAGGCCAUCUCAAUAGAUACGGAGCAGCUGCAGCUUACCGGACCAAACCGCAUUAGCUACGAGGAGAUCCAACGGCUCAAUACGUUUUUGCAGGAAGCCUCGCAACGCGAAAAGAUGCUCAAAGCGAAGCUAAGCAGUCUGCAGGGUGUGCUGGAUACGACUCGUAAAAAUUCAAGCAUGUGCUGGCAGAGCAUGAUCACCGAGGAUCAGCUGUUGCAUAAGAUAACGCUGCUCGAGAAAAAGCUGCAGGUCAUGGAGAAAAAUGUGCCGGAGAAUGCGCUGCGCAACGAGGUAAGCUACGAGCUUGAGGAUAAGACUAACUAUCAGCUAACUGCCAAGGAGGCACUGCGCAAGGUCUACCAGGAUCGCUGUGAGGCCAUGCAGAUGCUAUCCAAAAUGGAGCUGGCCUAUACGACUUCGGAUAACGAGUGCAACAUAUUGCGGGCACAGAUUGUUAGCUCCAAGCAAACAUUGCAGGAUUUCAAUGCGCGCUUGGAGCAAGUGCAGCAGGAAUAUAUGGAAUACAAACAAGAAACGCUGCGCCAACAGCAAGAGGCUAAAGAGGACGAGGAGAAACGUCUGGAACAGCUGAAGGAUCAGCUGAGCGUACAAGAAAUUGAAAUGGAGCAACUGCGCCAACAGCUGACGCAACUGCAGCGAUCUUUAGCUGAUCAGGACAGCGAACAGGCACUGCAGCAGCAGCAGGUGCUGGAGCAAUUGAAUGCAGCCAUCGACGACAACGAUGAUGAUGACGACGACGACGACGACGAUGACGAUGACGACGACGUCGAUGAUGCAGACAAACCGCUUGCAGACAAAGACGAGCACGAUAUAGAAAAAGACGAAGGCAAGAACGGUUCGAUUGAUAAGAAAAAUACAGAUGGGACAACGGUUGAGCCGGAGAAGCAACAGACCACACAAGGCACACAAAAAAGCAGCAAAAAGAGUAAGCGUGCAAUGAAAAAAGAGUUUGAAUUGAAGCAAAAAGUUGUGCGCAAAGAUACUGUAUUCAAGUGGUUUAAGAAUUCUGAUCUCAAUAUGGGCGCCGACGGUGGCGAUGUCUUGAAUGCUAUAUUGAAUAAUAAUGCCGACUCUGGCGAUGAUGAGCCAACAGAGACAGAGAAAUCCGCCGAUGGCGAAGCUGCUGCUGCCAGCGAGUUUAUACAUAAAUCACCUAAGCAUGCCGGCGCACGUCUUAAUGGCAUUGAAGAAGAGCAACAGAAUAAGCUGGUAACACAGCAGACACUGGUGUGCAGCAGUCCUGAUGACGAGGAUACGGAUAUGCCAACACAUCAGGCCAUUGAUAUGUUGCAGGAGGAAUGCAAUUUCUACAAGCUCAAAUCAAAUACGCUGACCAAGGACAUCAGUGCGCUGGAGCAGCAAAUGAAUGAGCUGAAAGAGCAAUUGUUGCUGAAUCAGAAAAAACCACAGCAGCAGUUUCAACGUAAACCAAGCACUGACGAAUCUGAGCUGGCAGACGACCAACAGCCGCUGCUCUCCAGCGAAAGUGAAAUUGCCGGCUGGAAUGAUGAAUUGAAUUCCAUGAAUUCAGCGCAAGUGGAACGCGAAGAGGAGCUCAUUGUGUACAAAGAGCGUCUGGAAAAGUCAGAGAGUCACAAUCAAUUGCUACGCAACGAGAUCUCUGAACUGCGUCUCAAGCAGCCGCUGGGCUACAAUAAUCACUUGCUGUAUCGGCGUGCAUUGCCGCUGGGUUGUAUGGCGCUCGCGGCAGUCAUUUACUUCCUCUCCAGCCGUUUCUAACAGCGUUCGGCCCACAACCACCACCCAUAUAUACAGUACGUCGUACCUAAAAGCAAAACGAGAUUGAACAAUCCAUAUAAAUAUACCAUAAUACAUGUAGUACAUGCCAGCUGGUUGGGGGCUAGAGCCUGAUGAAAAUAAUGCAUUAUAAUUGUAUGAAAUAAUGGAAUUAUGAAUGUUCGCAAAUCGGAUGGACACGGACGUGUGGUUAUACAGUUUUACAUAUUUAUACAUACAUAAGCAUAUAUCUAUAUUGAUAGCGUUAUAAUCGAGCUUUACUCGCAAUUUCUUUUCCCCAUAAUUAUGUUCUACUGUUUUUCCCCACAACAACAACCCCACAAACACACGAACCAAUUUGCCGCACAAAAUUAUUAGUAGUAAAUUGCAUAUAUAACGAACAAACGAAGAAAAAAAAAUUAAAACAAUUCUACACACUUAAAACUUAGUUAAUCUUGAAGUAAUUAUAUAUUUAAUGCAA